CACCGCUUUGGUGAUGCUGUCGCUUAUAACUGUGACUAUUCCCUUCUUCCCUCUCUAAUCCUUCCUCCAUUAGUAUUUCUAAUUGGCAUCCUCAAACACUCAUCUGUCUCUGCACUUCACUAAAUCACUAACCACUGACAAUUAUCCCAAAUCUAGUACGAUAUGUGGAUUCAAGUAAGGAAAUUGUGAGUGUUGUUGGAAUUUGGAUUUGCGGACAUAGAAAUAGCAAACAAUAACCUUAGAUUGUAGAUGAAGUUCCUCUACCAUAUAUUCUCCUUUAAGUGUCUCCUGCUCUUGGGUCUGCUAAUGACUCUGACUGCCAGCCAUAGCUUUACAAACCCGAAUAGACUUAGCGAGAAUCAUCUUUAUACUUGGAAAAGCACACCACCAUAUGCAGAGGUGAAUAGAACAAUACGAGACAAAGUCCCUGCCACAUAAAUUGUGAUUGGAACUCCAUUUUGAUUAUGUGUUCAAUUGCUAUUGGAUAUUGGAUCCUGCGUACAACCACAUUGUCUUGGUUCACUACAGAGACAUAACCAAGAGGGUAGACAUAAUCCAGCCUUCAUGUCAGAAACUUCUCCAAUUUCUUCUGCUUUCUCUCCCAAUCCAAGCUCCUAUUCUACUCAACAUACGGGCUUUACUGUCAUUGCCAAUGAAUCUUGUGAGCAAUACCAGAACCAAUCUAGCCCUGGAGAAAUUUGCUCUGAUGCAGUCAUCAAUAUUAACAGGACAUCAGACACCACAGGGAGAACAGAGGAGUUCAUCAGUUCUCCGGGGCUUGAGAUGAGUCAAGCAUUGCGAAGGCUCGAGGAGCAGUUAAGUUUAAAUGAUGACAGCAUCAAGAAAUUGUUCCCCUCUAUGUUGAUGCAAUUAAUGGCGACAAUUCACUUAUCCAGAUGCAGGGGAAUUCAAACAGUCAGCUGUUGCAACAUCAUUCAGAUGAGGAACUUAAAAAUCGUUCAUAAGCAUGUCAAGGCUCAGAUUUGGGACACUGCUUAGGUGAUCAGGCAAGGUUAUUUGACACUCUGAAAAAACAGAUAGCUUUGGUAUAUUUUGUAUUUGACUGAUGCCGUUAUAUUUAUCUGUGUAAAUAUAUAUAUGAUAUCUUUUAUGUUAGAAUUCUCACAAGAUUCACGUUUGAUUUCUUCAGAAGUCAUUUGAGAACAUCGACUGAUUAGCAUAUUCUAUAUAUGUUGCUCCUCAAUUUUAA